GUGAAGUCAAACAGACAUAAUCACAGCACGACCGUUGGCUCCCUGAGAACCAAUGGGAAAACAGCUCAGCCUCAGAGCCGUGGAACACAGGCCGGUGGGAAGGUGGGACUGAAGGACUCGCAGAUCGGUGGACACGCAGGACUGAAGGACAGUGUGGUGUGUCUGACCAGCGAGCAGCUACAGCACAUCCUCCACAGCGUCCACACCUCCAACCAGAGCCAACACACACCAGAGGAUCCCAGGAGCCAGGACUCCAAAACUGGAUCCUUAAUAAAUGGAGGAGGGGGAAGUGGAGAGAUGAAGGAGGAAGACAGAGGAGGAGGAACAGAUAAUACUGCAACAUCUCAGGAUAAAGACAACAGGUUGUCUGGAUGUCCGUUCAGCUGGCUGGAAGAGCGACAGACCCUCAGCAGAGCAACCAUCGACGCCAAGAAGGCUCAGUGGAGGAGAGAACUAGAUGAGCAAGUGGCUCUAAAGCAGCAGCAGAGUUUAGCUCCUGGCAGACUUCAGGGAAUGGGUGCACAUGCCGCAUACAUCAACAAACUAUAUGGACCGGUGGACGCCCGGCGUCUUCCCCGCCGCACAAAGACCCGCUGCUUCGACGACGAGCCCCCCGACGCCCAGUCCGCCCUCAUUCGAUCACAGGUGUUGCCUCCCCAUUGCACUACAGGCCACGUAGACGCCCCGUCACCAGUUCAUGAAGGCCAUAGACGGUGUCUCCGGCGGAAUGAGGCACCUAUAGACACGUUCAUAUACGGUGUCUACACCAUAGACACCCGUCAUCAGAUAUACGGUGUCUAG